AACUUCAUAUAGGAGUAUAUUUUUUGGACUGAUAUUUGCCCCAUCUCCCCUUGUAGUGGUAGACAGCCGGAAUCUCCUUUAUGGAAAUGCUCGACUUUUUUUUAUCAAGGGAAAAUCUUUAUUUACCGAAGUUCCGUAAAUAAAGUUUAUGGAGGUCAAUCUCGAUCAUCUAAAAGAAUUUUGGACGAUUCAGAUUAAAGACAAACUAUUAACGGUAAAAAAUAUUUUUUACUAGUCAAAAAUUAAAAACAGAUGUCAACCGUUGAUUGCUGAAACAAACGGCUGGAAUCGCGUAUUUUUCGUGAACAAGCUAUUCAUGACUGCUCGGUGAAUAAGACAAUCUCUUUUAUCAAUGUUUUCUUGUGGUUGGCUUUGCCUAUAUAUAUAAGAAGGUCUUGUUUUGAUUUCAUUGCAGUUUUUUCCUAGUUUCUGUCUUCUGAUCCCCCAUUUACUUGUUAGUUUCGAGUUAAUUAGUCAAAUUCUCUUUGCUUAUCAAAGAAAAAAGUGUAAAUAGUACGUAGUGUUUCGGACAUGAACGGGACAGAAGAAGUGGCGAAAAGACUCUAUGAAGCCUGCUUGAGUGGGAGUGUCGAAACGUUAAAAGCAUUGAUUGGGAAAGAUCCACUCAUUCUCGACCGAGCUAGCUCGACCGAGUGCUUCUCCAGUGACACCCCCUUGCACGUAGCGGCAUUGCGUGGUCAUUUGGAGUUCACGAAUGCCCUUCUGAGUCGGAAACCAACACUUGCUGCCGAGUUAGACUCGCGACGGUGUACACCCCUCCACUUGGCUUCCACUGAGGGCCACUUCAAGAUUGUACACGAGUUGUUACGGGUGAACCCCGACAUCUGCAUCACUCGUGAUCAAGAUGGUAGAACUCCUUUCCACUUGGCGGUCAUGAAAGGGCGAGUAGAGGUUAUAUACGAACUGCUUGGGGUCAAACCAUAUUCAGUUCAUGACAAAUUAGGUAGAGGGGAGACUGUUUUGCACUUGUCAGUCAAAUACAACAGGCUAGAAGCUUUAAAGACAUUGGUGGAAUAUCUGCUGAGCAAUGACAUGGAAUCUCUCCUCAACUCCAUAGACGAUGAUGGCAAUACCGUCUUGCAUCUUGCUGCAGCCCUCAAACAACUGGAUACCGUAGAAUAUUUGUUGGGAAUAGAAAGUGUCAAAGACCACGCCAAUGACAAGAACCAUAACGGUUUUACAGCUUUGGACGUUGUGGAGCACUGUCCCAACAGAGACUUAAAAACCAUGGAAAUUCGGGAGUUUCUGUUGGAAGCUGGUGUUCAUAGAUCUGUUCCUAAAUCACCUCCCGAUAAUCCUCCUCCUCCUCGUCCUCCUCAACAUUGCUGUAAAGCUGUAGUAAAAUUAAUGCUAUGCAUUGCUUGGUUUUGGAAUAAGUAUAUCAAGCUCGACCGUCUUUGGCUCAAAGAGGUACGCGGCCAUUUAAUAACGGCAGCCACUUUGACUGGAACCAUGGCUUAUCAAUCUAUUUUGAGUCCGCCUGGUGGUUUUUGGCAAGAAACAAAGGAACGCCAAAAUGCCGCUUCGCUUGCCCAUUCUCCUUCCCCGAGUUUCUCAUCUCUUACUUUGGCUGAAGAGCAAACAGCGGGACAAGCCAUCAUGGACACCGCAGACGACUCUUAUGGCGCUUACUUGUUUCUCAACACCAUCGUGUUAGGAGCAUCGUUGAGCACUAUUAUGCUGGCCAUGACUGGAUUCCCAAUGGAAAACAAGUUUUUAACAUGGUUGCUGGUAUUCACUGUGUAUAUCACAAUUUCAUGCAUGGGUGCAGCUUAUGUGAUUGCAAUUACUUUAGUGUCCCCAAAACAAACUCCACCGGAUGUACUUUACGGACUGCUGCUUGCUGGGAUGGGUGUAUGCGCAUUUGUUAUGACGCUUCACUCAUGCCGCUUCUUGGUAUGGCUGGGGAACAAGUUGGUAAAACUCGUUCAAGAAUGUUAUAAAUGUUGCAAACCAACUCGAAGAGCUACCCCCAAUAGUAAGGAUAAUCAAACCGGCAGCCAUAAAUGCGCGGGAAGCUUCUGCUAGCUAGUCUUUGUUGUACUUUGGGAUUCUAUUCGAAGCCGAGGAUUUGUGCUUGUGGGCCUGGAUGAUUGCUGCAGACCGGCGGAUCUGACGUGGUCGCCAAUCUUAAAUAAAGAGUACUAUAAAAUACGCUUGCGUGAGACCCUUUAUUGUGUGACUGUGUGCAGUAUUUGUGAAAUUCAUGUGUGCACUAGCCUAGGGUGUGUAGUAGCAUGAAAGAAGCCAGAUUCUUCUUCUUUGUGUAUUUGUCUGUAUGGUUGUGGGUGCCAUGUAUUUGUUUUACGGUUGUUAAUGAGUAUUCGGUUUGUUGUAUA